UUCCGGGUGAAAAUGGUUGCCGGCAAAAUGUUUUGUUUUAGAAGUCCCACUUCGGAUUAGGUUGUUUAUUUGAACAAGACAGCAUAUUUACACUACUUUUAACUCUCCGUCAGCCUACAGAUGGAUGCCUUACACAGACACCGUUCACUUUACAAAGGAAGGACUCCGCCAUGGAAAGAAACGUAUCGCAAACGAUGUGUGGACAGACUGAAGAACUGCCGGUCGAAAUUGCUGGAGAGAUAUCGGCAAAUGGGAGAGAGCCCGCAACGCUGCGGCUCCGGGGCCUCCAUCAUCGUCCAGGAGGUUAUGGAGGAGGAAUGGAGCGCCCUGCAGUCAGAGGAGUCUGUCCUCCCUGUAGCAGAGAUGUUCAGUGUCAUGGAGGAUUAUGAUGAGUUGGCAAUAUUUGAAGAGAUCCAACAGGAGCUCUUGUCUCACGAAAUGUCCAUCAUUGAAGAGUAUGAGAGAGACCUUCAGUUUGAGCAGGAGUGUAUAUCCUCCAUGGUGGAGGGGAUGGAGGAGAUGAAUAUUAUUUGUCCUAUAUGCCAAAUGAAAAACUUGAACAUCAACAGCUAUUUCAUCUCCUGCCCCUGUGGACUUUACAUUAACACUAAGAACCGUAACAUCACCCCAGAUGUCCUGCGGCAUCAUCUAGAGUCCAGGAUGUCGGAGCACAUGGAAGACUGUCUUCACAACCCUGUUUUCUCUGUUGCUCCCAACACAGACAGCUGCUCUCCCAUUCUGAUGAUAAGCUGCAAGGUUUGUGAUUACCUGUCCAUUGUCUUGUGAAAGAAGACACUCCCAGGAAUUUCCUAAUUCAAGAGAUACUAAGAUUUUAUGGUUCGUGAAAUAAAGGCUAUUUUUGUA